GAGAUCACUUUCGGUUUUUGUUUUCUGGAAACCUGACGCAGCGCGGCCAGGGCAGCAGGACUUCCCGACUGGACCCGAAGGCGUCUUCCGGCAGGGUCCAGGAUCUCCUUCAGUGAUCCCUGGCCGCGUUAGGGAACCUGGGAGACGAGUGACAGCCUGGCAUCCAGGAUGUUCACUGUGACCAAGGCCUUGGAAAAGGCUCUUCUCCAGCACUUCGAAUACAAGAAGCUGGACAUCGCGUAUGCCAUCAACAAGCCGUUCCCUUUCUUCGAAGCCCUCCGAGACAACUCCGUCAUCACUGACAGACUAUACAAGGAAUCUCUGGAGGCCUGUCAAAAUCUGGUCCCUCUACCCAAAGUGGUACACAAUGUCCUCACCAGUCUGGAACGGACUUUCUGCCCAUCGAUGCUGGUGACACUGUUCAGCCCGGUCAACCUACAUGAAUACCCCAGACUGUCGGCAAUUUCCAGAAGCUUCAAAAACGUUGUUACUGCCUAUGGAGGGAAUAAGAGACCUGCACAGACUGUACUCAAAGCCUCAACUAACCCAGCAGAAGGGCGCUCCUUCCAGACUCUGCAGCCACUGCCCCCACCCCAACCAUCUUCACCAAGUCAUCUGUCCUCGGCACCAAGAGUCUGUGAGCCCCAAGCAUCUUCACAGCAAAUCAUUGAGAUCCUGGAUGAGCAGUCCAGCCCUUCUCACCCAGCUGUGCCUCCCCCUGGCUUCAUUCAGAAAGGAAAGACCACUCCAGCUGCCAGUAACAACGUAGCAGCUACAACUGAUAAGGAAGAAGACUUGGAAAGGAUGCCCAGCGUUUCUCCUGACACUGUGCAGAUAUCCUCCAGGGAUCCUCAGAGAAAUGAUAAAGACGACUCCCCAGAGAUGCCCCACAGUCCCUCAGGCCCCAUGACAGUGAUCAAAGACAGCUUAACCCCCGAGACUAAGGAAGAAAAGGACUCAGGAGGACAGCGUCCAGGUUCCCCUGGCACUGUGCAAGGUGACACUGUGGUAAAAGAUGAUUCUCCAGCACCAAAUGACCAGGAAAUGCCCCAGAAAGCACCCAGCACACCUGCAAACAAGAAAGCAAAGAAAAGGAAAAGAUGCAUCUGGUCAGCUCCCAAAAGAAGAUGUCCAAAGAAAAGAGUCCAACAAGGGGUGGCCUCACCUGGACAUGGAGUCCAAAAGCAGCCCAGAGUGGCGGGUCAGAGGACUCAGAGGAAGGAUGACUCAACCAGGAACUUGGAGAUGGUGACCAGGGCUCAGAAGGCAAGGACUAAACGUGCUCGGACAUCCAGAUCACAGGAGAUCAGCAAUGGGGCUCCAAAAACAAAUGGAAGAAAGAGGCCUCAGAAGACGCCCAGCAAACCACCAGGAACCACACAAGGAAAGCCCAAGGAUGACACUGAAGAUUUUCUCUCUCCUACGCUUCCCGUGACCUGUGGUAAGGCCAAAGGGAUUUUGUUCAAGGAGAAAAUGAAACAAGGAGCCUCAGAAAAAUGCAUUCAGAAUGAGGCAGGGGAUUGGUUCACUCCAAAGGAAUUUUUAAUUGAAGGAGAGAGGGCCAGGUCAAAAGACUGGAAGAAGACUAUACGGUGCAAGGCAAAGACAUUAAGAUUCCUAGAGAAGGAAGGACUUUUGCUCUGCACCUCCAACAGUAACUUCAAGAAAAGGGUGACCAGCAGAUAAACUCCUGAUACAUGCUCAGCUUCUGUGUCACGGGCGCUCGGUGUCUGACCUUUGCCUGAGUGUCACAGGCUCUAAAACCCUUUCUGUUUGGGCAAAAAAACUCAUCAUCGCUGGUCCAGCAGUGGGGUACAGGCUCACGAUGCCUUUGUUCACAGCUGAUUUGCAAUGGGAAAGUACAUGAAUCUUGGAAAUUAAAGACAAAGCUGUUGGUGUCUGUGUGCCUUA